AGCUGACCUGAGCAACUAUGUCCAUGAUGUAGCGGCAUGCUACAAAAACACCCUCUGCUGGGUGAAGGAACAGUGGAUGACUCGUGUCUUCCCAGCGAAUGUCAAUUCCUCACAGUCAUGGACACUUUGUCUUCGUUCCCUUCUGACUAACAACAAACCGUUUCUGCAUGGAGUCAGCCCGGAUUUGGGGCCCUCCCACAUCUCCCUGCCUCCGUUCCAUUCCUUUUUUGCUCCCAGGACGUUUAUUUUUUUUAAAUGAAAACCUCUCAGGACAUGCUCCUACACAUUGUGUGAUGGCGGCGAAUUUGGUUUGGUGGUGUUUUUCUUUCUGAAAUAAUUUGAUGCUAUACCCAACCCUUCAACCGAGACACAAUAUCCCUUAAUUCAGCAUGAGGACUGACUUAUUGCUUCUUUAUUUAAUAGAAAGAACCAAUAUAGCACAUUAGUAAGUCUGUAAUUGGCCUAUGCAGGUGAGGUGCCGUUCAAGGUAAGUUUGAGGGAUUCAUCCGUAGGUAUGAUAGGCUAGUUGAAGAAUGAGCGCACAUAGCAAAAUAUUUGUGUGAAAGCGCCAUAUUGCACAAUAUGACUUGCAGGAAACAGGUUUUUCUCACUCUGGGCGUGGGAGACUAUAACAAAGCUGUCAGUUAGCUUUCAGUUGAAAACUUUUUUAAGUGUAUGAAGCAGGAUUUUAGUAAGGUAUGGCUCCAUUGUUCUAUAAUGAGUUGGACAAUACCGACUGCAACUGUUUGGUCAUUUUUGCUGAAAGAAAAUAUUUAUUGUAAUUGAAUGCUUAGUAAGACUAUUAUAUUACUAGAUCUGAAAAUAUAUUUUAAUUGAAUAUGUUUUAAAUAAAUGUGCACUAAUUAUUUGCAUAUUGCAUUCAUAAUCUUAAUUUGUCAUUGACCGAUUUAUAUUUUAUGUUUGACCAAUCCUAUAUUUUACGCUUUACAGUAAGAUUCAUAAUUCAUAAAUCAUAAUCCUUGGCCUUCAAAUAUUCUGAACAAUGUCUAUUAAUUUAACUUAUGGGUUUCUGAAUGCCUAAAUCGUUGUUGUUUGUUUUUAUGCCUAUGCUAUGCUACCUGAUAUUUUUGUUUGAAGAUGGUAUGUGACAGCCGGGCACUAGGACCGAGCGGUGAACCGGCACUCCGCUUUACAACCGCGGGGGGAGGUAUCUGUGAAGAAUUUGGACAAAGUUCCUGUCUAUGCGUUUCCUUGCGGUAUAUUGGAAAUUGUAGUGAUCCGUUUAACUUUAACUCGAAAGUAAAAGUUAAAUUAAGUGGAGUAAUUUGUCGUUGUGAGUUUCGUUGUAUUGUCUGUGUGUGAUCUUUCUGAAAACACCUGCGUGAUUCAGGUGAGCCCAUCGAUGAAGAGGGAAGUCCUUUUUGGGCGUUAGAAAGUCUUCUCCCUGCAGGGAUGUGUUCCAGUCGGGGUCUGUGCGGGGCCAGGGACCGCCCCCGCUCGUCCAGGUCCGGGAGCAGCGGCUCGGGCGGUCAUUAUGCGCUGUGUGCCCUGGGGGUCGGCCUCAUAGCCCUGGGCAUUGUGAUGAUUGUGUGGACGGUGAUCCCCAAGGACGCGGAGGCGUCAGGCGGCAACGCGUCGGGCAACUCCAGCAGGCCGCUGACGACCGGCGAAGAGGAGGAGGCCGAGGACGCCGAUUCGGACAACACAAAGACCUCGUCGGUGGCCUUUGUGCUGGUGGGGGCGGGGCUGAUCAUGCUGCUGCUGUCCAUUUGUCUGGGGCUGAGGAGCAAGAGUCAGCCGGCGGAGAGCACCGGCCAGCGAGCGGCGGCGGCGGUCGGGGGAGCAGCCUAUCAGGGCGCAGCGUCGGGAGAGCAGCCGGAAGAGCAAGCGGUGGCCUACGACGUGCCCUCCUACGACGAGGUGGUGGGCAGCGACACCUACCCCGUACGCAACAGCAACCUGCGCAACAGCAUGGCCCGCCUGCCCUCCUACGAGGACAUCCUCGCCGCCGUGGAGAACGAGGGCGGGGCGGAGCCCGACGGCCACGCCCCGUCGGAGGGUCCCGCCUCGCCGGACGCGGGGGCCGGCGGCGCCGUCGCGGGGGCCGGCGGCGCCGUCGCGGGGGCCGGCGGCGCCGUCGCGGGGGCCGGCGGCGCCGUCGCGGGGGCCGUCGCGCCCCCCGAGGCCUCCGACCCCACCAAGGACUCCGGCCCGGCAGCGAGCGCCAACCCCCCGGCCCGCAGCAGCAGCCGGGCCAGCCGCAUCCUGGCGCCGCUCAGGGUGCGCCGCAUCAAGUCGGACAAGCUGCACCUGAAGGCGUUCCGCCUGCACAUCCGCAGCCCCACGCACAACGCCGUGACCAUCGAGCCCAUCACGCCGCCCCCGCAGUACGACGACAAGCCGCCCGACCUGGGGUAGAGCCGCCGCCACUCUUGAAGAGCUGUCCGGUUUUCCGGUUUUUAUUAUUGUUCUGGUGGCUGUGACCUAACGCCGGGCGGCUGGUGGGCUGACCGGCUGGCUCCGUCAUGGAGUCUUGGUAGGUACCUACCAAGCAGCCAGGAGUUCAAGCCCUCACGGUGAAACACGAGGAGGGUUUUCAGCUUGAUCUGGUCGUGGUUUUGUGUGUUGUAAACAUUGGUGUGAGUGUGUUUGUGAUGGAGCUUCUCGAUCUGAUGGUGUUGUUCGGUGUGAAAGGACAAUUGGCUUAUUAUUUAUAUUUGUCUUGGGGUUAAAUGCAUUUCGUACAAUAUUGUAUAACGUGUUUGCUUGAGAUUAAAAGCUUUAAUUGUAAUUUACAAUAAGGAAUAUGAAUGUGGAUGAUUAUUUUUGCUGUGUAGUGUGUAAUUGUGGACCGUUUUCUAAAUGGGGAUAACAAAAGCCUUAUGUUUUGUUCAACCUCCUCCCGUUAUCUUUGUUUUAAUUGCAUAAAUGGAUAAUAACACUAUGGUUGGUGCAGGACUUAAAUUAUAGCUUUGUUUUUCUAUUAUCAUUGAGAUGUACAAUGUCAUUUGUUUUUUUGGAGCAAGAACCGCAAUUGACGUUUGAUAUGCCUGUUAUUAUUAUUAAGUAUUGUUAAUAAAUGGUUACUUGGCAUUUUAGUUUUUCAGUGACAUUAUUAGGGAUAGGGUGAUAUUAUCCCUUUUAUUGUUUACAGAACAUUUAUAAUACAAAAUAAUGUGCAGCAUUAGUUCCUUCAUUGUGGCCGUUCCUACAACACUUUUGUGAAGCGUUAUGCUUAUGGUAAGAUAAUUAACUGUUAUAUAUUUUUACUACACAUUUGAGCAGCAUAGAUUUUCUUUAUUCGUUUUGGCGCCCUCUAGUGGUAGCUGAGUGCGACGAGAUUUUUGUACAGUGUACAGUAGGAGCAAAAGGUUCCAAAUUAAACUAAAUUUGAUAUAUAUAUAAUCUAGUAUGUAUAAAAUGUGCCGUUACAGCUCGGAAAAUAAUGUAAUCAAGCAUGUCUAUCAUGCUGUUUCUGUUUUGUGAUCAAUCAAGAACAUUUGUGUAUCGAAAAUAAAGUAUAGCGCUA